CGCCUGCCCCUCCACGCAAUCCCAAGGGCCUCGGCUAUGGCGUCCCCCUCCGCUCCGGCAGCCCAGUCCGACCGCGCCGCGCUCCUCAAGGCCUUCGACGAGGCCUGCACGGGCGUCCGUGGCCUCGUCGAGUCCAGCGUCUCCUCCGUCCCCGCGCUCUUCGUGCACCUGGACCCCUACGCCUCCGCGCCGCUCGCGCCACUGGGCGUCUCCAUCCCCGUCGUCGACCUCUCACUCCCCGCGCCCGCCGCUACCGAAGCCGCCCGCAAUUGGGGCUUCUUCCACCUCAUCAACCACUACCAGGCCCUCGGCAUCCCAGAGGACUACCCCGCGCGGGCGCUCGCCGCCGUGCGCGCCUUCAACGAGGUCCCGGCUGCCGAGCGCUCCACGCACUACGGCCGCUCCAUGGCCGGCAGGGUCUCGUACUUCUCCAACGUCGAUCUGUUCCGGACCUCCGCCGCAAGCUGGCGCGACACCGUCCAGAUCGCGUUCGGGCCCCAGCGGCCUGACCCGGCGCGCAUCCCGACCGUCUGCUGCGAAGAGCUACUCGAGUGGGACGUGCAUGCCACCGCCGUGGGGCGCGCCCUGCUGCGGCUACCUGGCCGGGUUAUUUUCAAGGGACUUACUAGAUCAGAAGUUGGUCAUUACUGUUUAAAGAGGAAGAGAGAUGAUCUGAAGAUGGGAUGCAGGAAGUUGGAGUCUACCGUCACGGAGCUCUUCAACAAUUCUGGUUGA